AUGACAAUAUCAUACUCGGGCAAUUUCUUCAGAUUACUAUUGAGAUGGAAAGGAUCUAUUUGGAGAUCUGUAUGGAAAGAAUUAAUUGUGUAUAUCAUGAUAUAUUUUGCAAUUAGAGUAUUUUAUAUUCAUGGCAUCGAUUUACUCGAUGACGACGAAAACGAUAGAAGAUUCUACAGAUCUAAGUUUGAAGCAUUAUGUCGGAAGUUUGAUAGUUACACCAAGCUCAUACCUCUGACAUUUCUCUUAGGAUUCUAUGUCUCAAAUGUUGUGUCGAGAUGGUGGAGGCAAUUUGAAACUAUUUAUUGGCCAGAAGAUAUUGUCUCCGUUAUGUGUACAGUUAUUCACGCCAAUGACGAGGAAAGCCAAAAGAGACGGCACACAAUAACCAGAUACAUAAACCUGUCAGCUGCUCUUGCCUGGCGGGAUAUUUCUUCAAAAAUUCGUUUACGUUUCCCUACUGUUCACUCGCUAGUGGAUUCUGGGUUACUAACUGAGAAAGAGUAUGAUUUACUCGAAACAAAAACAGAGGAUUGUCAGUCAGUCAGGUGGCUAACACCUCUUCAUUGGGUUCAACAGCUCCUUAGGAAGGAAGAAGAGACAACUAACACAACUACUAAUGAUGAACGCAAUAUCCUGAUACCCUUCCCGUUAACUUCUCAUAAUAGAUCAAAAGGGACCACGGAAAAAAAACCUACAGCUUCUCUUCUGAACAACUUUGUAACUGAACUUAAGUUAUACAGACAAUCACUAAGAAAACUUUACUCUUAUGAUUGGGUGUGCGUUCCUCUCGUGUACACUCAGGUUGCUGCCUUAGCCACUUAUGCGUUCUUUUUCUUUGCCGUGUUUGGACGCCAAGCGUUAUUACCCGACAUAAACUCUGGGAAGGAGAUAGAUACUGUUCUUCCUAUCUUUUUGAUUGUUCAAUUCAUGUUUUUCGUCGGUUGGUUCAAAAUCGGGCAAGAUCUAAUGCGGCCAUUUGGCUUAGAUGACGAUGAUAUAGAACUAAAUUAUCUUCUUGAUCGUAACAUAUCCACAUCGUUUGCUAUCAUUAAUCAGAUUCACACAUCGGAGCCACCUGAGUUUGAAGAAGAUUUAUUCUGGAAAACAAGAAAUGGAAAAAUUGAUCCGCUACCUCAUACUCCACGGAGUCGUCGUUUAGCAGAACAUCGACCAAAGCUUCACUCAUACGUAAGGGUUGGUGAUGGAGAAGACGUGGAUUCAAAGUCGUGUCUUGCUCGUUCUCGUGAUAAAAGAUACAUCGACUGGUGA